AAUUCUACGAAGAUGCAGCGGAAAGGGGGAAGAUGUCGUAUUUCGCGUGUUUCCUAGCAAGAUAUUCGAACUUCAAGAAAUAAUUCAAUCAAUGGACGCCGAUCCCUCUUCCCCAUUCUCCCUAUCAAAUCUGACGGGAAAUACAGAUACGACGGUGUAUUUAACCCCUUCGGAGGAGGACACUGUGCACGUCAACGACACGAAAUAUGCGAAACACCCUGGCCUCGUCUACGAUAACCCCAGAAUUCAGAAGAUACAUGAGGUGAUAUCGAAGCAGGUCGAGGAAAUGAUGCUUCUUUCCGAACAAGUGGAAGUGUGGAUCAUAUUAACGAUACCCCAGAUUGAAGAUGGCGACAACUUUGGUGUCCAAGUCCAAGAAAAGGUCCUCGACCAGAUCCUUAUCGCCGACAAAUCAGCCACAAUAUUCCGCAGCGCAGCACUCGAUCACCACCUCGACCACGCGAGGAUCUGCUCAAAGUUGUGUAAAUACCCGAAUGUUAAAGAUUAUGCCCGUGCUCUAGAAGAACACGAUAAACGCCAAAUAUACAUUGCGAGGGAACGGUUGAGGGAGAUUCGGAAUGAAUAUGCGAUUUUGGUUGAUGUGAUUCAGAAGAACAUUUCAAAGAUUCGCGUGCCAAAGGCGAACCAUGGGGGUGAUUAUUCAUCAUGAGCGGGUACAUUUGGGUGGUAUUAUGCGCGAAGGCGGCCGGAAUGUAAAUUACAAGGAUGGAUGGAAACAUGCUACAAAUGCUAUGCUGGAUGCGACGAGGGAAGUACAAAUGUAAAAUAAAGUUAUGUAAAGCGAACAAUGUCAAUGUCCCA